AUGUCUGCAGACUCUUGCUGCCUGCAGUACACAGUGGACCACACUCGGCAGUGCCCGAACAGACCCUUUGGUGACCAGGGCAACAGCAGCAAAUCUUCCCUGGCAUUUGACAUCCACAAGGACCCCUCCUUGCUCCCUCAAUUGUGCUUUGCUCACCAAGAGCAAGCGGCCGCCUGUGCAGAGGGCCCGUUCAGCUGCCCGCUGUGCCAGGCCCGCGCGGACCCGGCCGCCUUGCUGCAGCCCAACGUCCAGCUGCGCAGCAUCGCGCAGAGGUUCUUGGAUGCUCCCGCUCGUCAAGAGGAGAAAGAGCCUGAGGUGCAACGCGAAGAGAAGGGGGAAGGUUCGGGCCAGGAAGAUGGGGUGGUCCUGUGCGAUUUCUGCCUUCAGGACCCCCAGCCGGCCGCGAAGACCUGCCUGAGCUGCGAGGCCUCCCUGUGCCAAGCCCACCUGACCAGGCACAACACAAAGAGCCCCUCGAAAGACCAUGUCCUGAUGGAGCCCUGUGAUGCUCAGGUUUUGGCCAAGAGGAGAUGCCCCCAGCAUGGCAAACUGCUGGAGUGCUACUGCGAGACCGACUCGGCCUGCAUCUGCAUGCUGUGCUGUGUCAUGACCUCCCACAAGAACCACAAGAUCAUCACCUUGGAGGAGGCUUUUAGCCGAGCGCAGAGUGUUUUUCAUGAAACUCUGAACAAAGUGGAAAGCCAUGAAGCUGAGCUGAAACAAAGCAUAGAAAACCUGCUGAAACAAGAGGAGGGACUGCAGAUUAUGGAGCACAUGCAGAAAAGUCAGCUGGAGAGCCUCUACAAAGAGGUGCAUCUGCAGAUCAAUAACAAAAAAGAAGAGGUCCUGAAAGCUCUCAGACAGAGGAAGGAGGAACAGCUUUCUCAGAUUCGGAGUGAGAUACAAAAAUACAAAGAGAUGAAGGACACAGUCAGCUGUGACAUAAAGGAGCUGAAGGUUCUGAGAGAUGAGAAAGACCACCUUCUUUUUGUCAAGGCUUUUGCAGCAAUUCAAGCCAGGGAACGUGAGCCAGUUCCUGACGCAGACAGUGUAAAAUUGCCAAUGCUACCUGUUAUUGUGGAUGAAUCAAUAACAAACAAUACUCUAAGGUUUUUGGAGGAUUUCUUCUCAAGAGUGAAGUUCUUACUUAAAACAUUACCUGUUCAUGAACAUCUGACUUUUACAGUACGUUCGAAAAAUGAAAUCCUUUGCAGUUGCAAGAAAGUCACUCCAUCCUCAGUCAGUUCUUCAAGAGCUAAGGGCCUCCCACAUGUACUCAGCGACCAGAAGUUCUCAGAGGGCUGUCACUUCUGGGAGGUGGACACCAGCAAUGCGACAUCCUGGAAGCUCGGAAUCAUUCAUCAGACAUUUGAGCAGUACCUGGAAAGGUCUCAUGAUUACCUGCGUGUGGUUGACAGUUUUAUACCGAUCAAAGAAGAGAAAUUUACUACAGCCCUCAAAGUGAUCAGGUUAUAUCUAGACUGUGGAAGAGAUACACUGUCAUUUUAUGACGUGUCUGUCAAGGAUGGAGAUCCUGAUGUGAGCGUCAGGUUUAUAGAGUCAUUGAGCUCCGAUGGAAGCUAUCCUGUCCGUGCUACCUUUGGAGUGUAUGAUGGCUCUUUGAAGCUCCUGUAAUGAUGUGGGGACAAGGUGCUGUUUUGUAUUUCCAGGCCUAGGUACUGGGACUGCUGCUGCGCGGAGGCUUUGCUAAGCUGGUAUAUUAGAAAUUGUAUUUUUGGGCUGCUGUGACAGCUUACCUGUGUGAGGGCAAGGCCUCUGUGGGGUAUAUCACAGCACACUGCCACUUGCUGCAAGAGCUCCCAUCUUGUUCUGUUAAUCAUGAUGGAAAUACCAUUAAGUUGCACUUUUUUGCUCCGCUGUAGGAAAUGCUGUGUUGGCUGCAUGUUAUUAAAGUAAUUUAAUUUGCAAAACUCAAUGGCAAUUUCGUUUCUAAAGCAGUUGACAGCACCACAUUAACUAAGCAGUUCUAAUGCAUCAGCUUUUACAAACCCUGUCCUCCUCCCCGUGUCCUGCACAACCUCAGCCAUCCUUUGCAGAAGCAAAGCUGGCCUGGGAGGCAAGUAGAGACUAGGCAGUAAGACACCUGCUUUCCCUUGCUGUCUGCUGCUGCUGUCCUCUGUGAGCUCUCUGAUAGAUCACUUGCCUAGUUCUUGCCUCAGUUUUCAUUUUCUCCUCACCUAUGCAAAUAUCUCACAGUACAGGGAGUAAUAAAGAAAUAAAGAGGAAAAUGCCUGUGCCUUUAGUCUGUGCCAUAGGGGGCCUGGAUGUUCUUAUGACUGUUAAAACAUCUUCGGGGAGGAAGAGAUAUUCCUGCCUGCUGCCUGUGGUACUGCUGCCUUCAGACAGAGCCAGGGUAUUGGCAGGAAGAGGUCCAGGCAGGAGCUCCCUCCUGAUAUAGAGAAAUGAUUACUUGUUUUGAGACUUACUUACUUAUAGCAAACUGCUUAGC